GACGUGAUUAUAUCAGGAUAUGAUUAUGGUAAAUUAAAUUGCUUAAAUCAUGGUCAGUUGGCUAACUUCUUGCUACAUCCCACCAUUUUUCCAGUGUUCCUUUAUCUAACUUAUAUAAUUGGUGUAAUUUCCCAAGAAAAACCGCAUUAUUAAAACAUACCGUUACUACAAUAUAUUUGCAAAUCUUUAUGUUGUUUUUUUUUUUUUUUGUUUUAAAUUUUUGUUACAUUUAUUGUUAAUCUAGAAUAGCAUCAAAUUUUGGUAAUUUUCAUGCAACAGCCAAAUAAACGUAUUUAUCUUAUUUUAAUUUAGUGCACUUAGCUUCUUUAACAAGAAAAAAUAGGGCGUUUGACAAAAUAUAUUUGCAUCUGGAAAACUUUUUUAGAACCUAUAUAUACAAGUAAAUUUUUCUGCAUGUUGAUUUCUGUGCAAAAAUUGCACAAAAUUUAUUAUAUAUUAUAUGAAUUAAAUUUACACACUAACUAUAGAUUUAAAACUUUUAAUGAUAUCUUGUGUCUCCUUCCUUCAGAAAAAAAUAUAGCUAUAUAUAUAAUUUAAGUGAACAAGUGUAUGCAAAAUGUCAUGGAAAACAUUCUCACUACGCAAGAAGCCUCCCUCUUUAUCAGAGGUUGUAACAACUCACAGUCGAGGAACUUCUUUGAAGCGUGGUGAUGACAAGAGGAUUAUGCUGAUGAACAUGGUAAAAGAAGGUAAAUUAUCCGUUGAUAAUGCUGUGCAGAAAGCCUACGGUUUGGGAAUCGCAUCUGCACCCUACGAAAUGUUGGAUGAGAGAGAUGGCAGUGCGAAAAAAAGUGGAGAGGUGUUUAACUUCGGCGUGUAUAAAUACAGCAAAAAUAACAAAUCCGUGAAAUGCGUCUUGCAGAUUGACUGUCAAGAGGACUGCCUCUCUCUCCUUCAGAGGGGUCAAAGGCAAAAAAGUUACUCAUUUGCGUCGAUUAAAAACGCGGAGUCGGCGGAUGAUUCGACCAGUUUGUUUAUACAGUUUGACGAUGCCACCGAGAUUGAGAUAGAUGCAGGUUCAUUCGAAGAAAAGAAUCGCAUAUCUCGAUUGAUUUUAUCCAUUGUUGGUCAAUUAAACAGCGGACAGCCCAUUCGCAGUGAAAGUUUCGCAGUGCGACGCAAGACUGUGCUCAAAGAAGGCCUACUCGAAAAGAAAGGUCGCACAGCUGCGUUUCUGAUGUGGGCGAAACGCCAUGUUCGUGUUACGAACGGAGAAAUAUUGUACUUUAAGUUGGGCGACGAAUCGAAUGAUGGUGCUGCGUUGAGUAUUAUUUCCUUAACUGGUGGGACUUUUAUAAGAAAACUUGAAGAUAAUGGAUUUUUGUUAAUUAUUGGCAAAAAAGAAUACACUUUUCGCAUACCUGGAAAUCGACAUAGCGAGUCGGUCGAGAAAGAAAGAGAUGAUUGGAUCUUAGCCAUUCAAGAAGCUGCGAAACCAAUAGCGUACAAGGGUGAAUUUGACAACGCUUCGUCCAGCAUGUCACCAUUUGAUCAAGAAUCUUACUUGAAAAACGUUGUUCGUUCACUCAACCAGGAGCUGGAACAGCUAGGUGUUAUUCUAAACAUCAUCGACGCACCUAUACGCGCGUCAACACAGGUGAAGAAGGUGAGGGAGAUAGUACACUCUUUAAACGACCAAAUCCAAACCGGGUUGCUAUCGUGGACAAUCCGCCAUGCAGAGCACAAUCAGACACCAGAUCAAGCUCCUGUAUUACCAACUUCUUUUCCAGACCAUACUUAUUACAAUAAACGGUUUGGUAACGAAAUGGGUAAUGCGUUUGAUUCGAAUAAUUACUCGCACUUGGAAGAGGUUUCAUCUAAGCAGUCAAAACAUCAUGUAGGUGCUCCGGAUAAAGGUUACAACAUGCUAAAUUUGUCCUACGUCCAAGAGAACAAUGAGAGCGAACCGGCAGAAAAUGGAGUUGUAUCUUAUCCACAAUACUCUCCUCCGCAAACCACGAAUUUUUACGAAACGUCGGUAGAGUACGCUACGGUCUCCAAACCUCGCAAGAACACAGAAGACAGGUCCUACUAUAAUCUACAAAAUUUUUACCACGAAGAAAGUAGAGAAGCUCCACCGUUACCUCCUAAGUUAACAGACGAAGAGUUAGAUCUUUACGCCGGCAAACCACCGAGUAGAAACAAGGUCUAUCAAUCCCAUACAUUCGAACAAAAACCUACCAAUGAUAAAACGACCGUGCGGAGCAGUCCAAGUAGCCCUGUUCAUACUUUAACAAAUGUUCCUGUGGUUGAAAUCAAAACCGAUGAUAUACCGCCCGCCCCACCCCUAGGUGCCGUACCUCCACCUCCACCACUGCCAGGAACGGGUGCCAUGUCGUUGCACCUACCAGCGAAGGAAGAUGUGAUACCCAAUUUAAAAAUGAAGCCUCUGUUUUGGACUAAGAUUCCCGAUAAUUUAAUAACAUCAUCGAUAUGGAAGGAGGCUCAAGAUAGGAUGAUGCAUUUGGACACAAGCAAGCUGGAAAAAUUAUUCAAUACUGGAACAGAGAGUUCAAACGCUGAAAAAAUUGUUUCAAAACCUGAAAAGAACAUUAAACCAGUACAAAAGACAUUGUUGGAUCCCAGAAAAGCACAAAACUUUGGCAUAUUUUUAAGCGGGUUUAAGCUAUCUAGUUCCGAUAUUGAAGACAAAUUAAGUGUUCUCCAUGAAGACGCUGGGUUGUCAUCUGAGCAAAUCACGUCAUUGAAACGUUUUCAACCCACAACGGAGGAGAUUGAGAUGUAUAAGUCAUUUCAAGGAAAUAUAAACGACAUGCCCAGUGUUGACCAGUUUAUGCAUAAAUUAUGUCACAUUUCACAACUCGGCAAGAGAUUGGAUAUUUUACUAACGGUUCGCGAGCUACCUGAUGAAUUAGCGGGCAUCGAGGAACCGAUAAAAAAACUGAUGGAAGCCUGCAAAACACUAAUCGAUAACAAAGAUUUUGUAAGACUAUUAGAAUACGUGUUAUCGUUAGGUAACUAUAUGAACGGUGGAACCAAUCGUGGUCGGGCGUACGGGUUUAAACUAAGCGCUCUUGUGAAGUUAGUUGAAGUGAGAAGUGCGGAUAAGAAACAUACAUUAUUGCAGUAUCUAACUGAAGAGUUAUACGAGACAGACAAAGCAUGUUUGAUGUGUUACAAGGUUAUGCCUGGAUUGCUGACGCCGAUUGACGCCUCUUUGAAGGGAUUGAUCGCUGAAGUUGAAAUCAUGAAAAAGGAUGUGGAGAAGCUGAUUAAAGUCAGCAAAGAGAUGUCAAGCAUGCUGAGUCGGGACUUCCUGGAGAACGUUGUGCAAUUUGCAGAAAACUAUUUAAUGCGGAUUGGUGUACUGGAGGUGUGUUGUCAUACCACCAAAGAGAUGUCGCUGUUGCUGAAAAAGAAAUUUGGAGAAAGUCCAACUGCGGACUUUCAAGUUUGGAUGAUGAACGUGUCGAAUUUUAUGAAGCAACUUCAAAGGGCCGUAGAGAGCGUGGAACAGAAACAGAGAAGGAUGUCGAACAGAAAAGAACACGAGUUAAAAACACACGCCGAGCAGAAUUCGAAAGAAAAUGUAGUCGUUAAAGAGCUGAGCGAAAAUCACCCAGUUUCUUCUGACCCAACGACCCAGGCAAGUGUAGACAAGAAAAGGCAAUCUUUACCCAUGGUUUCACCUGUAAAGGACGCGUAUGAAGAAGUUGUAACGCACACAACCAAACUAAAAGACGACACACUUACGAGAGUAUAUUCGCUGAAGAAAGCGACUGUAAUAGAACGACAAAAGUCAGGGUUCGAAAGCGACGAUGAAUUGUCGUUUCCAGUGAAGAGCGGCUACUUGGAAAAACUCAGCGGAGGCAAGAAGCGUAACCCAAAGUGGGAUCGACGACACUUCGAAGUGACGCCGGCUGGUUACUUGCAUUAUUCUAAAAAAGAGGACGGGAAGUUGUCCGGUGCGAUUUAUUUGCGCGGAUUGCCUGUGAGUGUGAACAGCGAAGAUGCGUGUAUGUUGAUCAUACAAGAGGAAGGAAGGGUAUGGAAGCUUCGCGGUGAAAAUGAACUGGAAGUAUUGGACUGGUAUAAUGUUAUUAUUUAUUAUUCACAAAUGGACGAGAUAGAACUAUGAUCUAAAACUAUGAUCGAUAACCUUGAAAUCUUAUUUUAAUUUAUCUUUUCAUUUUAUACAUUAGUCUAAUUAUGCAUGCACACUUCUUUUUAUAAGCAACAUGAGUUUUAAAAGACGAAGAAACUUGUAAGUAACAACCCAGCCUGAAGUGGGAAAAAAAGUUAAAAACAGGGAUUACAAGGAAAACAGUUGUUUUCCAGAAAUGUUUUUAAAGUUUCAUACAGAAAACGUCAUUAAGUAUCAUUUCCACGUUUGUUUUUAUUGGUGCAGUAACUUACGGAGCAAGAACAAAAUUGAAUUUUUCUUUUCAAAUAGAUAGUCGAUAAGUAUUAAGUAUGCAACAGUUAGCAUGUAAAAAAUAAAACCUUAACCUUGAGCCGAAUUUUUUGAGUUGCUUAUGAAAAGGGCGGGUGUAUGAACGAACAAGAUUUUGUCACUUGUCUUUAUUUGCAUACCUGAGAAACAUUGGAAUCUGAUUAACAUGCUUGUGACGCAACGUCAUUUGUUUUGCGGGGAUGUCUGAGUCACGUGCUAAAGCAUCGAAGUUAUAUGUGAAAUAUUCCAGCCAGUGAAAUGCCAGAUUUGCGAUAUUUCAUAUUUCUGCCUUAAUCUAUUAUAUUACUGUCAAUCUGAGUGGACAACAUAUUUAAUAACGUGGCUAAAUAAGCAGCCUUACUUUUUUUAUUUUUUAAGAUUUUUUGAUUGUCUAAAAUUUUUUAUAUAUAGAUAUUUUUUACGCUGUUAAUUUUUGUAACGUUUUAACACAUACAGCUGACAAAUAUUGA